AUGAAUCUCAUCCUACUCUCUUCUGGCCAUCAAGCAAUAGGGACAGAGGUGGACUGCACCAAAUACAACAGAAAAAGUGCCAGGAUUGCAUGCACAAGGGAAUGGAGACCAUUAUGUGACAUAGAUCGGAAAACUCGCAGUAAUGAAUGCAUGUUUUGUAUGCUAAAUCAUAUCUCAGAGAAUUAUUCUAAGGACACGCCAGGAGGAAAAGUGGCCAAAUCCUUCCCAGUACUCUGCUCACUUCUGUUCUUUAUCGUGAUACAUUUGACAUUACCUUCGGUUUCAGGCCCUCCACACUGGUGGCCACCACAUGGAAAUAUUAAGGUGAAAUGUCCAUAUAAGAAAGGAUUGAGUUGGUUCAAUGGAACAGUGAACCCCUGCCCUGGUAUAUAUCAACCCAUCUGUGGCAACAAUUUGGUAACCUAUGAAAAUCCCUGCAUCUUGUGUGUUGAGAGCAUGAAAUCUCAGGGAAAAAUUAAUUUGCAUGAUGGAAAAUGCUGA